AUGGUCAGCCGGUCCGGGGUCACAGGGAGGCAGGAGCAGGAAGGAGAAGCGAUGUCAGUACAGUCCGAAGUCGAGGGCAGGAGCGAGAUGGAGAAGCGAUGUAAAUACAGUCCAAAGUCGAUGGCAGGAGUGAGACGGAGAAGCGAUGUAAAUCAGGCCAAGGUCGAGAGCGGGAUCCACACGGAAGAAGCAAGGAACUUCAGGAGCAGCAGCAGUGGCAGCAGCGGUGGACCUUGGAAGGUCUCUGAAAGAACCUGCAAUUUGAGGUGCCACUUCUUGCAGUCCUUCAUGGCAGAAGCCCCCCCCCCCGCCAACCUCAGCAGCACAGCCUUUGCCCUGGCCGGCUUCCCUGGGCUGGAGGUGGCCCACCGCUGGAUUGCCAUCCCCAUCUUUUCUGCCUACCUGGUAGCCAUGUUGGGCAACGGCACCAUCCUCUACGUCAUAUGGACAGAACCGGGGCUGCACCAGCCCAUGUACUUGGCCUCCACCGACCGGGGCCUCUGCCUCGCCACGGGGCCCACCGUGCUGGGAGUCCUCUGGUUCCAGCUGAGCAAGAUCAGCAAACACGCUUGCACAGCUCAGCUCCUCGUCAUCCAUGCCUCCUCCUUCAUGGAGUCGGCCGUGCUCUUCGCCAUGGCCGUGGACCGCUUCCUGGCCAUCUGCUCCCCUCUCAGGUACACGGCGCUGCUGACCCCCGCCAGAGUGGCCUGGAUUGGAGUGGCCCUCCUGCUCUGGAGCACUCUGCAAUUACUUCCUCCUGUGCCUUUCCUCUUGAAGCUCCCCGUCUGUCCAGCUGCUACUCUUUCCCACUCAUACUGUCUGCAUCAGGACCUGAUCCGCCUGGCGUGCGCUGACACAUGGGCCAGCAGCUUCUACUCCCUCACCACCAUCCUGCGCACCAUGGGCUCCGAUCUGCUCUUCAUCCUCGUCCCAUACAGCCUGAUCCUGAGGGCUGUCCUGGCCACGGCCUCUGGCCAUGUUGGCUGCCACAAGGCCCUGAGCAGCUGCGCCUCCCACGUCUGUGCCGUCCUGGUCUUCUACGUGAAGUCCGUUUUCCUGGGGUGCUUGGAGAUUAGCAUUCGUGAUCCUGAUGAUCCCUUGCGGAGGGUGGCCUCCCAGUAA